AUGGGUCCGGUUUCAGGGCAGAAGCCGCCGCUGUGGGGUGAGGAGCCCGGCCGUGGUGGACCUGCUGCAGUGACAACAGAGGUUGGAAGACUUCUUGGUGAGGAAAAGGUCGAUGCAAUCGUGUGUGUAGCAGGAGGAUGGGCUGGAGGCAGCGCCAAAGCUAAAUCUUUAUACAAAAACUGUGAUCUGAUGUGGAAGCAGAGUGUUUGGACAUCAACUAUUUCGAGCCACCUAGCCACAAAACAUCUGAAAGAAGGCGGCCUCUUGACCUUGACAGGAGCUCAACCUGCUUUAUCUGGAACCCCAGGGAUGAUUGGCUAUGGCAUGGCCAAAGGAGCAGUGCAUCAGCUUUGUCAGAGUUUAGCUGGUGCCAAUAGUGGCUUGCCAUCUGGUUCUGCUGCUGUUGCCAUUUUACCUGUUACCUUAGAUACACCAGCAAACAGGAAAUCAAUGCCUGAUGCAGAUUUCAGCUCCUGGACACCCUUAGAAUUCAUUGCUGAAACCUUCUACGACUGGAUGACAGGAAAGAAUCGACCAAACUCAGGGAGUCUAAUCCAGGUGAUAACUACAGGAGGGAAGACUGAACUAGUUGCAGCAGCGCAUCUUUGAUGUCAGUCAGUUAAGGCAGUGGAACUUCACCAAAGGAGAAGCUAUGGAAAAAUCUGUCUGUCGGUAUAAUGUCGAUGGUCUUCUGUAUCCACUGAUUGUAGUUAUGUCAUUAAUGGAACCAGAUUUCAAGUAAUAUUUCUGUGCUGUCACUUGUGAGCUAUCAGCAUUUGUUUACCAACAAGUAUCAAGUAUUUGUCUGUAAAUGAAAGCUGCAGGCUUUGAAGUCUCUAGAUGUCCUAAUUCUGAGCGUUAUAUGUUGACUUACCUGUUUUCUCUGAAAUGGGAACUGUGCUUAAUUAUGACAUGUAAUCACAUACAUAAUGGUUGGAUUUUUUUCUCAGUCAGUAAGUGUUCCUGGCUACUUACUAUGAAUCUUUCAGUAGUCUGUCUGUCUUUUUCUGUCUGAAGAUAUAAGCCCUCCCUUGCAUAUUAUGUUGGCUAUAAUUAUAGGAAAC